GUCUCCACUUUUGGAUGCAAUGGGUUAAGAGAAGAGAGGUCUCUUGCCCAAAAGGUGAGUUUUAUUGCAGACUCUGGAUUUUAUUACGUCAUAGCUUUCUAUUUACACCAGAGGGGGAAUUAGGUUGAUAAGGCUGCUUCUGAAGUUGUUUGAUGAUAUUGAUACGGUUAUUUGAUGCCAUCCAAUCAGCUGCAAUGAAGUGUUUUUCAUUCCACCAUGUAGAGAAGAAAGAUGAACCGAAAGGCUUGCAAUCAGUUUCGGUUCGGUCAGACAGUUCCACAUAUGCUGAGGUUAGAAGAUCUGGUUCUGAAUUGAAUUCUCUGGAUGCUUCAGACAAUGGCAGCACUGAAUCCCUCAGGAGGAAUGCAAUUCCCAGUUUGUCCCAAAGACCUAGCAACCUUAGAGUGUUCACUGUGUCUGAAUUGAAAUCAGCCACAAAGAAUUUUAGUCGCUCUGUUAUGAUUGGAGAGGGUGGAUUUGGAUGUGUCUACCAGGGAUUGAUUAGAAGUGUAGAGGACCCAUCCAGAAGAAUUGAAGUUGCAGUUAAACAGCUUAGUAAAAGAGGAAUGCAGGGACAUAGGGAAUGGGUGACGGAAGUGAAUGUUUUGGGCAUUGUCGAGCAUCCCAAUCUUGUGAAAUUAGUGGGCUACUGUGCUGAUGAUGAUGAAAGAGGAAUCCAGCGGCUUCUGAUUUAUGAAUACAUGCCAAACAGAAGCGUGGAGCACCAUUUAUCGCACCGAGCAGAGACUCCUCUCCCAUGGAGUAGGAGAUUAAAAAUAGCCCAAGAUGCAGCUCGUGGAUUAACAUACCUGCAUGAGGAAAUGGAUUUUCAGAUAAUUUUCAGAGAUUUCAAAUCUUCAAAUAUCCUUUUGGACGAACAGUGGAAAGCAAAGCUAUCAGACUUUGGGUUAGCCAGAUUGGGACCAUCGGAUGGAUUAACUCAUGUCUCAACAGCGGUUGUAGGAACAAUGGGAUAUGCAGCUCCUGAAUAUAUUCAAACUGGACGUCUCACAUCAAAGAAUGAUGUAUGGAGCUAUGGUGUCUUCCUUUAUGAACUCAUUACUGGCAGGCGCCCUUUAGAUCGAAAUCGCCCCAAGGGUGAGCAGAAGCUGUUGGAAUGGAUAAAGCCAUACCUAUCAGAUGGCAAGAAAUUUGAACUAAUAUUGGAUCCAAGACUUGAUAAGAAACAAGUCAUCAAGUCAGCCCAGAAACUUGCUAUAAUAGCUAACCGAUGCUUGGUCAAAAACCCAAAGAGUCGGCCAAAGAUGAGCGAGGUAUUGGAAAUGGUGAAUGGAAUAGUAGAACCUUCAUCAAGUGCUAGUCCAAAGUUACCCUUGAAGAAUGUGACAAGAGUGGAAGCUUCUCAAGACACUGAAAUAAAAAACAAGAAACGGACCAUGGAUUUGAAGCCUGGAGAAAGUAAUUGGUUUGUUAGGAUGUGGAGACCAAAACUUUUAAGAGCAUCUUGAUUAUUGUAGCUUUAAGCUCAUCAAGCCUGAUAGUUGGAAGCGAAGCUUCUUCAAGAUAAGCAAAGAGCUCAUGCAUAUUUUCUUCCAGUGUGAUGCUGUCACAAAACAUGAGCAAGUGCAACCUUUUUCCAUCUCC